AUGAAGUUCUCCUCCGUCCUCGCGGGCGCUGUUCUCGCGGGUUCGGCCUUCGCUGAUCUGAGCCCCAUCGUCAUCAAGGGCUCCAAAUUUUUCGUAGAAGGUACCGGCGACGAAUUUUUCUUCAAGGGCGUUGCAUACCAAGAGGAUAUCUCCUCGAAUGGCACCACCAGCAAGAACACUCACUACAAAGACCCUCUUGCCAACUCCGAUAAUUGCAAACGCGACAUCCCAUACCUGAAAGAGCUGGGGACGAACGUCAUCAGGGUCUAUGCCAUCGACCCCGACGCUGACCACAAGGAUUGCAUGCAGAUGCUUCAGGAUGCUGGCAUCUACGUGGUCGCUGACCUGUCUGAACCCAAAACAUCCAUCAACCGUGAUGACCCGAAAUGGGACAUCGAACUUUACGCUAGGUACAUGGCCGUCGUCGACGUGCUUGCGCCUUGGUCAAACACCUUGGGCUUCUUCGCCGGCAACGAAGUUUCCAACAAGCAGUCCAACACCAAUGCUAGUGCAUUCGUCAAGGCUGCCGUUCGCGACACCAAGUCCUACAUCAAGAAGAAGGGCUACCGUACUAUGGGUGUCGGUUAUGCGACUAAUGACGAUGCUGACAUCCGCGACGAUAUGGCUGAUUACUUCAACUGCAAGAGCAGAGAUGAGUCUAUUGAUUUCUGGGGUUACAACAUCUAUUCGUGGUGUGGUGACUCUAGCUACAAGGAGUCCGGCUACGAUAAGGUUGUCGCGGAGUUCUCGACCUACUCUGUCCCAGUCUUUUUCGCUGAGUAUGGUUGCAACGAGGUCCGCCCACGCAUAUUCACUGAGGUCAAAGCUCUGUACGGCCCUCAGAUGACACCUGUUGUCAGUGGAGGUAUCGUGUACAUGUAUUUCCAGGAGCAAAACAACUACGGUCUGGUCAAUGUCGACGGCGACAACGUCAAACCCCGUGUUGACUAUAAUAAUCUCAAGAAGCAAAUUAGUGAUGUUAACCCCAAGGGCGUCAGCAUGAAUGAUUACGAAGUCGAGAACCUCCAACUCCGAAAAUGUCCCGCCACCGGCAGUGCAUGGCAAUCUAGCGCCACCCUUCCACCUGUCCCCAACAAGCAACUCUGCCAGUGCAUGGUCAAUUCCCUCUCGUGUGUUGCCAAGUCCUCGGUCGAUGAUGAGGAUCUCGGUAAGUAUUUCGGCACUGUAUGCGGUCUCGGCAAAGGUGUCUGCGAUGGCAUCGCCUCGAAACCCGAAGAUGGUGUAUAUGGCGCAUAUAGCAUGUGCGAUCCACGUGACCAGCUCUCGUUUGCCUUCAACAGCUACUUCCUGCAGCAGGAUGGGGCCCGUGACGCUUGCGAUUUCAAGGGUGCUGCGGAGCUGCAGGAUAGCAAGAGGCCGACGGGCACCUGUGCCGAUUUGCUGAAGCAAGCCGGUACGGAUGGCAAGGGCACUGUCACCUCUGAACCCACCACCGUACCGAGCUCGACCACGUCAUCCGCCGCCAUUGCCACGACGAUUCCAGUGUUUAAUAUGGGAUUGCUUAGCGUGGGUGCGUAUGUUGUCUGCGGUGUUUUGGCUGGGUUUGGCAUUGUGUUGUUGUAA